AUGAGUAUAAGUUGCCAAAACGUCAGAUUUUCAACACUCAAAAUAUCAGUGAUUUUAAUUAGUCUGAUUGUUCUGCAACAAUGUGACUUUUCAAAAACAGCAACUUUAUAUAAAUCGCAAGGUGCAAGUGAAUCUUGUCAAAAUGUUUGCACAUCGCUGAGUUGCUUUCAAAAUGCUGCGUUUUACCGUGAAAUUAUGAAGCCUUCUCUAGAUCCUUGUGAUGAUUUUUAUCAAUUCGUUUGUGGUAACUUUAUGGACAAUGUAAAUAUUUCAAAGCAGGCGAAUUCAAUCAACAUUUUUGCUUUGGCACAAUCUCAGAUUUCAGUAAAAUUAUAUUUAAUGAUCAAAGAGAAUGUUAAACCCAAUGAUAUAAGCGCUGUCAGAAAAUUGAAAAACUACUAUCAGAACUGUAUAGAUGAAACUCGUAUGGAAGCAGACGGCACAGAACCUGUUUUAAAAAUCUUGGAAAAUAUCGGUGGCUGGCCCUUAUUGAAUGGUGAUGAUUGGGAUGAAAAUGAUUUUGAUUGGAUAGAUACUGUUUACAAAAUUCACAAUGAAAAAUUCCCGGUCUUUUUCCCGACUAUAAGUGUCACUCUUGAUAAAGAUAACUCUACAAAAGUUUUACCUAAAAUACUGACUGCUGCGACGGAAAUAGAAAAAACGUUCUUUUUGGUCGAUUCGGGGAAAAAGUUGAAAAAAGCUUAUUUUAACUUCAUAGUCAAUAUCGCUGCAACACUAGGUGUAGAUAAAGAUCAAAUUUACGAGGAAGUAAAAGAUAUCUUCGAUUUUGAAAUUAAUUUAUAUAAGAUCGAAACAGAAGAUUCGCAGAAGCAAUCGCAAGAACAAACUAAAAUGACACUCAAGGAAUUAUCUAAAAAUUAUCCAAGUAUUCCAUGGCUGGAAUUAUUAAAUCAUGUUUUUAAUCCAAGUGGUGUUAUUAUCGAUGAAACUGAGGUUGUUAUUAUUGAAGAUCUUGAGUACAUCACAAAACUUGAGAAAUUGAUAGAAAUUACACCUAAACGCGUAAUAGCAAACUAUUUGGUGUGGAAAGUAGUUCAGUCUAGUCUUGGAUAUAUGCCAAGCGAAUUCCGAGUAUUAGAAGCAGAUUAUUUAAACCAAGUAAAUGGAAGAACGCAAACACCUGAUAGAGCUAGUAAAUGUUUAACUGAUGUUAUGAAGGCCUUUCCUAUUGCUGUUAGUGCAAUGUAUGUAAGAGAAAAUUUCGAUCAAAGCAUCAAAGAUGAUGUAAGCGAAAUUGUCAGUAAUAUUAAAAAACAAACUAAAAGAAAUUUAGAAAAGAUAAGCUGGAUGGACGAUCAAACUCGGAAAUCUGCAAUUGAAAAAUUAGAGGCUAUGGGCGUUACGGUUGGUCAUGCUGACGAGUUAAUGGAAGACGAUAAAGUUGAUGGAUACUACAAAGAUCUUGUGAUUAACCCAGGAAGUUAUUUUCACAGUGCUUUUAAUCUUAGUAUGUUUCUCCAAAAUGAAAAUUACAAAAUGUUAAGAAAACCUCUAAAUUUGAGUGAUUGGACUAUGCGUCAAAGUGCUGUUAUUAUAAAUGCGUAUUAUAUGUUACAAAAAAAUUCUAUAGAAAUACCAGCUGGAUUUUUGCAAGGAACGUUUUUCCAAAGACAUAGGCCACAGUAUUUAAAUUAUGGCGCAAUGGGAACAAUAAUCGGUCACGAAGUUACUCACGCAUUUGAUAGCAAUGGAAGAAAAUUUGACAAAAAUGGCAACCUAAAGAAUUGGUGGAAAUCUAACACUGAAAAGGAAUUCUUGAAAAAAGCUCAAUGCAUAAUCGAUCAAUAUAGCAAUUUUACUGUUAACCAAAUUCAGCUUCAUGUAAAUGGAGAUAAGACGCAGAGUGAAAAUAUUGCUGACAACGGAGGCUUCAAAGCUGCUUACCUAGCGUACAAGGAAUGGGCAAAAACUCAAAGAGUUUCUGAAGGCUGUCUUCCGGCUCUCAAUUAUACUCCAGAACAGAUGUUCUGGAUAAGCGCUGCCAGCUCUUGGUGUAGCAAACACAGUUCUGAAUAUUUGAAAAAUCUCGUAACGACUGAUGUACAUAGUCCUGAUAUGUCUCGUGUCAUUAUUUCAUUUUCAAACAUUAAGGAGUUUGCAGAGGACUUUCAGUGUAAACCAAACUCAAGAAUGAAUCCUAAAGAGAAAUGUGUUUUGUGGCUUAGAUGUAUAAGAUGUCCAAUCAAAUUAAAUUGCGGUUUCAUAAUAACCGUAAUAUUAUUAAUCAACUAUUUGGCACUAUCUGUUCAAUCUUCACAAGAUAUUUCACCAAUGGAAGUAGAUUAUGAAGAUUCAUCUAAAAUGGACAUUGAUGAUAGUUCGGCUCUUGAUGAUAUUUGUUUAACAGAGGGAUGCUAUAAUGCAGCGCAAUUGAUUCGUAAUAAUAUAAAUGAAACAGCUGAUCCGUGUAACAACUUUUUUGACUUCGCCUGCGGUGGCUUCGUUAGCAAAGCAGUAGUAUCGGAUAGUAAGCCGGCAACAGGGUAUUUGCAUGUAGUUCAAGAAAAAGUUAUGAAGGAAGUUUCAGAACUUCUUCAGGAAAUAAUUGAUUUAACAGAACCCAGAAUCUUUGAGUUAGCUAAACAAUAUUUUAAAACCUGUUUAGAUCAAACUACUCUGGAAUUUCAUCCUAUCUUUUUAAAACUUGGCUUUAAUCACCAAAGUAUACAAAUAUUCUACAACUUUAUGGUAAACGUUGCUGUUUACUUGGGUGCCCAUAGAGUACGGGCAGCGGCAGAGUUAGCUGAUGUCCUUACUUUUGAAAUGCAACUUGCCAACGCAGCAUCUACAACAUAUUCAGAACCUACUAACAAUUUCACUAUUCAAAAUUUAGAAACCCACAUACCCAUUGUAUCAUGGCUUAAAUACUUAAAUGGAUUAAUCGAGCCAGCUGCCCAUCUUGAAAUAAAUGAUAUAGUCCACGUUGAAAAUCCCAACUAUCUGAAUCAGUUGGCUUUUCUUAUGACAACAACGCGUAAAAGAACAAUAGCAAAUUACAUAAUUUGGAGAAUAACCUACGAAUCUAUACCCCACUUAAACACCCCGAUACCAAGAUGGAAGGAAUGUGCUGCCUUGCUAGUCGACAAAACCAAGGGCAUACCUGUAGGUGUUAGUUCUCUUUACAUCAGAAGAUUUUUUAACGAGGAAACAAGAAGAGAUGUAAGGGAUAUUGUGCAUGCUAUCGGAGAUGAAUUCAAACUUGUGGUUCUGAAGCUUCCAUGGUUGGACGAUGCCGCGAAAAUCAAUGCUAUUAAAAAAAGUUUAUUUAUGAAACAAAUCGUUGGCUAUCCCGAUCAGUUGAAAAACAACAAAAUGAUUGAAGAUUACAGCCGUAGUUUGGAAAUAUUUUCAGAUCAUUUUUUAAAAAACAUUCUGAAUGUACAAAGAUUUCAUUACGAACACUCAAUGUUAGGAUUUAAAGAAUCAAUCGAUAAGAGAGCAUGGCUUUCGUUUACAGACUCAACAACGAUUAAUGCAUAUUACUAUUCCGUUUUUAAUUCAUUUGUGUUGUUAGCUGCCUUUCUACAACCACCAUUAUUCAAUCACAAUUGGCCCACUUAUGUAAAAUAUGGAAGCAUUGGAUUUAUAAUUGGUCAUGAAACUAUGCAUGCUUAUGAUGCAGGAAUAAUUUUUUAUGAUGAAACAGGAAGUUUUAACCCACAAUUGUCACGUGCCCAUCAAAUGGAAUAUGCCAAGAGGAUUACUUGCUACAUACAACAAUAUGAACAAUUUAAAGAUGAUGAGCUUGGUUUACAUGUGGACGGAAAGCUUACUAUAAAUGAAAAUUUAGCUGAUAAUGUUGGAAUAAAAGUUGCAUAUAAUGCCUAUAAGAAAUGGGAACAGGAGCACAUAGUUGAAGAAAAACUUCCUGGUCUCAACUACACACAAGAGCAAAUUUUCUGGAUCAGUUCUGUCAAUUUUCUUUGCAGCAAAGAUACACCGGAAUAUCGUAUGAAUCUUUUAUUAACUGAAGAGCAUACGCCAGAUAAAUUUCGAGCCCAAGGGCAUGUAUCAAAUUUAGAAGAGUUUGCUAAGGCCUUUAACUGUCCGAAAAACUCACCGAUGAAUCCUACGCUGAAGUGUAAUCUUUCAUAAAGUUUACUCAUUAUUUAUCAAGUUAUGACAAUUGUUUCUAUCUCAAAUAUUAUAUUUUUACCCAUUUUUUAAAUACAGAAUAAAGAACUAAACAUGAUAAAUUUA